GAUCGUUGCAGCCCAGGCAGCUUUUGCUGCUCGCCGGGCCGAUGGAUCGGUGGUGACCUGGGGCCGUCAACGGCUCGGCGGCGACAGCGGACCAGUGCGGUCCUCGCUGACAUCCGUGCGGAAGAUUUUUGCCUCGGCUCGCGCCUUCGCGGCCGUCCGGACAAAUGGCCAGGUGGUGACGUGGGGCCAUCCGGAUCAUGGGGGAAACUCUGCAUCAGCCCAAGGCCAGCUCCACAGUGUGGAGCACAUUGCGGCAACCCAGGGUGCUUUCGCUGCCCUCCGGAGCGACGGUAAGGUGGUGACCUGGGGCGAUUCCAAGGAGGGGGGUGACAGCCGCGCCGUGCAAGAGGAGCUUUCGGCCGUCCAAAAUCUCCUUGGCUCGGUGGCCGCCUUCGCUGCACUGCGCGGGGAUGGGCAGCUGGUGACCUGGGGGGAUCCAAUGGCAGGAGGAGACAGCACCAAGGUCGUGCUGAAGCCGAGCCGGCCCUGGUAG